AUGCUACUCAUAAUUGAGAAGGUUAAUGAUGUGUGGAAGCCAUACAAAUUUCAUGCCGAUAAUUCACGUAAAUUUUUGGCAUGCUAUAACAACCCAGUCUUCUACAAAGGAAAUUUUUAUGCCUUAGACUACAAUGGAACACUGGGAGUGUUCAACUUAGAGGAUUCUAGAGAUGAAAGAAACUUUGACAAAUCUAAUUGGGAAGUGCUUCCAGAGACAUUAACUCAGUUUGAUGGUGUUAAUCCAAGUUACUUGGUGGAAUGCGAAGGAGAGCUGUUACUUGUGAAUUUUGAACGCCCUUUCGGAAAGUUGGUUGAAGUUUUCAAGUUGGAUCCUUGCAAGAUGAAAUGGGUUAAAGUGAAAAGUCUUGGAAACUAUUCUUUGUUCAUCAGCCACACUUCAAGCUUUUCAGUAAUAGCUCCGGAUAGUAGCAUGGCAAAUAAGAUUUACUUCUCCAGAUUACAUGGCGAAAGCGAAAGAAUUUUAUACUAUUCUCUGGAUACAGGUAAGUAUCACUAUAUUGGAAGUGAACAAUCUUCUGAAGAUUUCUAUAACACAAAGUCGAUGGUAAACUGCACAUGGAUUGAGCCUAAUUGGUCACCGAAUCCUGCUAAGAAUACCCGCAGCUUAGCACUUAAAUUCACGGCUACUUACAUAUAG